AUGAAGGCCAGUCUCGUGUCCGUUGCUGCCGUAUUGGCCUGCACCGCCACUGCCGCCCCCAUUAACGAACAAAAAGAUCAAUCCGCUUCCCAGAAUGAUGGCGUUGGAGGUGGUGUGGAUGGCUUGACCAGCAUUCUUAGUGGACUUACUGGUGCAACUGGCGGCGUUACAAACACUCUUGGUGGGUUGACUGGUGCACCAGGGCAAGGAGAUCCCAUCGUCAGCGCUGCUGGCGGCCUUGGAAACCUUGUAGGCACUGCUAGAAGUCUCACAAAGCCCUUUAGUGGUGUUACAGACAGCCUUGGAAGUGCCACUGGUCUCAUCCCCGCCAUCUUGAACCUUCUAGGACUUGGACUCAAUGGACCUGUUGAAAGCCUGUUGCGUGGUGGUGCUGCCGUUGGACAGGUAGCCAAUAAUGUUGGCUCUAACAUCCAGAGCGGUGUCCCAAACCCCGGUGGAAUCAUCCCUCCAAUUGGUGACUCUCGCGACGGCGUUCUGGGCUACCCUCCGCCCAGUGGCCGCUACCUUCCUGGCCUGACGUUCCCAUGGUUCAACGAUUUCCCUGACCUUGUCUUGAUGAAGGGACAAGGCUAUGACAAGAUUGACUUCCAGGGUCUUCUCGAAAACUUAGCUGAUGUCCUCAAGAAGGUUCAGACCAAUGAUGCGAUAAUCAGUAAGCUCUUCACACAAAAUGCUCAUAAAAUUAAGAUUGCUAACAUAUAUACAAACUCUACUCUGACUCAGAUGAUCAAUGGCAAGCUCAACGAAGACGCUGGUAUGUCGCAGCUCACUGGUCCAUACCAAGACACAAUCGUCAUGCUUACUGAGCUCGGCAAGAAGAUUUUUGCCGCCUCUGGUGUUGAUGUUGAUCCCGUUGAUGUUGACAAGUUCCGCAGCAUCAUGUCUAUUCUUGUUGGUGAGAUCAUGUUCACCGUCAAGCUCACAUCAACCACACUCGGAGUCCGACCUGAACUCAAACAGAUCCUCCACUCCGUUGUUGCUUUCCUCAACAACAACUUGAUCGGACUCGUCGCUCUUAACGGCGCACUGGGUCCUCCUAUCUAUGGUGCGAUUUCCCCCAUUCUGAUGAACCUUGGUCAAUCUAUCGGUAAGCCUCUGCUCGGCGCUUUGGCAGAUGCGCUCAAGGGGCUGCCUCACUAA